GGGAAUUACAACAUGUCCCAGGAGGAAGGCUUCAUGCAGCAAUGGGGGUGUGGACGAUCUGAACUAAAUUGUUCGAUAUUGACAGAUCCCAAGGACUCAUCCUCAAAUGAGGAUUUAUCGGGCUAUCAGCAAUUUGCAAGGUCCGAAGGAUUCCCUGCUUUGAUUCGAUAUAACCUCUUAGCCCUUCAAUCUCUUCCAGAGGUCGAGAGGCAGGAUGUGGCCGCCAAAGCGGGUAUACCAUCGUUGAUGCCAACCAUGUCUUGUCUCGACAUGCCCGGAAAUGAAGUCUUAUUACACUCGCAGGUUAGAGAAAAUGACGAUCCCACGACGGAAGCCACUUCCUGGAGUGAGUUCAGUGAGUUCGCCCACGAGCUCGGUUUCUCGCCCAUACCUUCGAACUCGGAGGUUAAUCCGCCAAAACCACAGCCUCUUGAAACAUGCUCGUAUCCAACCCCCCAGUCUGUUCCCAGUCCAGAUGUAGGAACCAAUACCUUGGGCUCUGAUUUCUCCACUCCGGCGGAAUUCGAUCCUUUCCAGUUGUUAGAUGUGCCAAGACCCGCACACUUGGACCUGGCCCAGUCCACAUUCGAUUAUACGCCGCCACCGGCUGGCUCAGAGGGUUCUACGCUACAUAAUUCGCCCGAAAAUAUGGAUGCUAUUGGCAUGAGACCACCACUGGCAGAGCUAGCGGUCCUCAUCUCCCAAGCUGCUGAGCAAUCUUUAAGUUCACAUAUGGUUGAUGAUCCGGCCGAGGAGUAUCAAUACGCUAGUCCUUCUCUUUCCCUUGAAGCCUUGCAACACACUCAGGCCCCUGAAGUCAUGCCUAUUGACCAUGCUCAAAACAUGAUACUAUUGUUUCCGGAUCUAAGUACAAACAAACUUCGACAAGCCAUGGAACUAGGUGACCGUCUUUUCCCCCGAGACUUGUCCUACUUGGAAGCUCAAGUCAAUCACUGGCAAGCUGAAGGACUGUGGAGUUUCGUGGACUUUGGCGUCUCACCAGGCUCGUCUACGAGACAAAGGAUCGCCGGAAUCUGUAAACAUAUCAAGGAGAUGGGCAAACCAAACUCAGAAAACUAG